AUGUCGCAACAACAGAUUUCUGCGAAGAAGCAGCAAGAACUGCAGGUCCAAUAUUCGAACUACAAGGAAACCCUUCAAGCCAUAGCACAAAAGAUUGGUGAUAUUGAGCAAGAGGUCGAGGAACACAAACUAGUGCUCGAAACGCUUGCGCCACUCCCUGGUGACCGCAAGUGUUUCCGCAUGAUCAAUGGCGUUCUGACCGAGAGGACGGUGAAGGAUGUUCUUCCCACACUGCAGACAAACGCAGAAGGCUUGAAGAAGGUGUUAGAGGAUCUGGUGAAUCAGUACACGGGAAAGCAGACCGAGAUGGAGAAGUGGAAGAAGAAGAACAACAUCCAAGUUGUGCAACAAUGA